GCAGAUAGCUCAGACAACACACUGGGGUAAGGACAGCAGGGGUAAGCAUCUAGGAAACACACAGUAGAUGCACCGCCAAUCAUCUGCCACUUCAACCGGAUCCCUCCGAAAGAUGAGAGGAGAGCGUAAGAGAAUACGCACAUUGAGAGAAGUCCUCCAUGGAUCUUGAUGGGGCUUUAAGUUGCCGCCAAGGGAUCUUCCCCGAGACAAGUCAUCCUUUAAAAGCCUUUUGCAUCUUCAACUUUGCUGAAAAGGCAUGGAACAUCGUUGAAGGAAGGAAUUAGUAGACAUUACAAAAUUUUUGGUCAAUAACUCAAACCCUUCGUUUGAUUUUAAGGACAAGAAUCUGAGAACAAACUGAAAAGAGACAGAAAGAUUGAAGGUUUGGUGUCUGAACCCUGUACCGACCACCCCAUUACUCAUCUGACUUGAAUCUCAGGGGUGGUGAGGGCCACGGAAGAAGCCAUGGAGGGAGCCACAGAGUGUGUUCAGGAGGCAAUGGUAAGCGAGGCUCUGGUUCAGUUCAGGGCCACCUUGCAAGCUGCCGUGAGGGAGGUACAUGUGGAUGUGAGUGCUUUCAAACAGCGCAUAGAGCAUAGGAUCGAGGAGCUGUGUGUUUCCAACGGACCCUUGGCCGACGCGGUAACCAGGCUGCAGGAGGAGAACCUGCAGCUCAGGACGAAGCUGGAGGCCCUCAGCCACCUGGUGGAGGGUCUCGCCGGGGUCAAGAUCGAGAGGAGUCCUGCUGAAGUGAAGGGGAAGAAUGUGGAGGGUAGUGUCGUGAACGGACAAGCGGAAGACCAGGGAGGUCUGGUGAACUCUGGAAGAUCAGAGAUGAGCCAGUCAAGUCAGUCCACUUUCACUGAAUCAUCAGGGUCAAGUGGAGGAUCAAGCCAUCCUGCUGCUGCUUCAAGCAACAACUCAGCCCUUCCUCCAUGGAGAGUAAAGAGACAUGCUGAAAUAAAUGGCACUGAUGCAAAAGGAGAGAGAACUGUUGCCACAGCUGCACAAGAGAACGGGAACCAAGAAGGCCCAGCAGUGGACUCUAAUACAGCCCACGCUGCUGCCGCCGUUCCCCAGUCUCACAGGCCUCUCACCGCCAUCACCAAACCAAGCACAGAGUCCUCUGGAUUAACCAACUCUCUUCAGUCGGCCACUGAAACGCCCAAAAUGCCUGACCAGGAAGAAUCAGGUCAUCUGACGAAGACCCAUCAACCCCUCACUGCAAUGAUGAAACCAAGCUCCGAAGCUCCAGCUGUCCCUCAGAGUCCUGCGUCAGUGCCCAAAGCAACAAAAGAAGCUCCAGUCAAACCAGCAGAGUCUCCUGCUAGAUGUGGCGCUGAUGAACCCCAGCCCCACCUCCCUGUCACUGCCAUGACAACCAAACUCAGUGCAGAGGGUCCGGUCGCCAACAAACCUGCCCAGUCUCCAGCAUCGGUGCCUAAAGCAGCUGUUCAGUCUACUGUGGACGCUCCAGCAGGUGCGUCUGGAACACAUGAGCAGAGGCCCCAGGUUUCCCAGGAGCAGUCAGGCUCUGGAUCUCAGGGUCCUGCGUCUCCACCGAAUCCUUCAGUCCCAGAAUCCCCGACGACAAAGCGAGGCGAAUAUCCAUUUAGACGUGACGUCACUGAACCCAAACCAUACCUGCCACUUUCUGCCAUGAGCAAACCCAACACAGAGUCUUCAUCAACUGUAACAACUCAGUCCUCAAUUAUCUCAGCAUCACAGGACCCUACAGUAAAACCCGGGGAAUAUCCCUUUAAACGAAUGCCAGUUCUCAAGACACCCAGUCCCAGUCUGAAGAGAAGUGUGAGCUUUCCUCAGCCUGCAGAAAAAUUACUUCCCUCCAAAUCCAUCAUAAAAUCUGGUUUCUCACCUAAUCUGGAUAAGAAAGGGAACAAGACAGGUGGAGUUGAGUUCAAGCAGGAUGUGAUGAAAUCACAAACGCUUCCACGCCCCAGCGGGGCACAGGCCAAGCGGGCCCUCUUUGAGAGGAUGCACUCUGAGCCUAUAAAACCAAAGGAUUCCAAACCUAAACUGAAGCGCUCUCAGAGUUUUGGAGUGUCCAGUGCCAGCGGUAUCAAACAGAUUCUCCUGGAGUGGUGCCGCUCAAAAACCAUUGGCUAUAAGAACAUAGAUAUCCAGAACUUCUCGUCCAGCUGGAGUGAUGGGAUGGCUUUCUGUGCUCUGGUCCACUCUUUCUUCCCCCUGGACUUCGAUUACAACACGCUGGACCCUGCGAACCGCAAACACAACCUCCAGCUGGCCUUCACCACCGCAGAGCAGCAGGCUGACUGUCUCCGUCUGAUCGAGGUGGAGGACAUGCUCGAGAUGGGGGACAAGCCCGACCCCAUGUGCGUGUUCACAUACGUCCAGUCGCUCUACAACCACCUGAAGAAGUUUGAGUAACUCUGUAUCAGAGUAGAUUACAAAGUUUAGACAUUAUUAACCACAGUGUGUUAUGAGCACUUUGAAUGAGCCCAUGCAAACUAACAACAAACCAUGAACACAGACUUUAGUGUUUGACAAAUGUUUUUCUCUGCCAAAUCAGUUUUAUACUGUACGUUUGCAUUCACAACUUUACCCCCUUCUCCUUUAAAAAAAAUAGUGGGCUGACACUGAUUCUUAAAACGCAGUUUCUUAUAACUUGUAUUGUGAUGUGUGUGGCUCUAAUGUUGCUGUUUUUUCUUUGUGUCGUUUACAAAUCAAUAGUAGAAGAGAUUACCACUCACUUUAAAUCGUAGUAACAGUUUGUAAUAGCUGCCGUUGAUCAGUCACUGUGUGAGAACAUGGACAAUGAGUUAUGAACCAGCGCAGAGGUGAUCCAGUAACGAGUUUGAGUUUUGCAAUGAGGCGAAAUAAAGCA